UCUCAGUGGCUGGGCCCGCCCAGUCCACCUCUGUCUCAGACUCUUCCUGCGCACUUCUCCUUCUCAGCCUCUGCGAGGAGGUGCCGGGGCUGCUCGGGUUCAGCUCGCAGGGCAGAGAGGAGGCAUCCCCGGCCAGCGACUGUACGCAUCGUCCGGAGUGGACAGAACAAGGGAGUGCAGGGUUCUCCUGGUCCAGAGCCCAGCGUCGCGCCGCAGGAGCCGCCCCCAGGCCAGCAGUUGCCGCCACAGGACUUUCAUUCCAGUUGCGGUUCCUCCAGGCAACAUGUCAAAAGCCGUGGCCGCUACAGCUGCCGCCACCACCUGGGGAAGAGCAUCAGGAGCAGCAACAGCGGUCUCUGUAGCGCGAGUGUAAUAAACCCAACCAACCGGAGGGCCAAAGAACCCUCCCCGCGUGCGCGGCUCGGGCAGGACUAGCGCCAUGUGCUGAGCCAUGCCCCUCGCCGCGCCCGCGGGCUGCAUAUGGGGCAGCGCCUGAGCGGUGGCCGAUCCUACCUCCAUGUCCCCAGCCGGCUUCUGCUGCAGCUGCAGCCGCAGCCGUCCCCGCCACCCGUGAGGAGGAAGGUCGCUGUUCUCUUCGCCAUGCUUUGUAUCUGGCUCUACAUGUUUCUGUACUCGUGCGCCAGCUCGUGCGCCGCGGCGCCUGGGCUGCUGCUGCUGGGCUCGGGGUCCCGCACUGUCCACGCCUCUCCAGCCCUGGCCCCGGGUCCGGACGGGGCUUUCCCUAGGCUACCGUUCCAGGCGGCUCUGGUCACCCCUUUGGCUGCGGUCAAGGAGAGAGACGAGAGCUCAGCGAGCCAAGAGGAGCAGAAUCCCGAGGCGCCGAACUCCCCCAGCCCCAUCUCCAGCUUCUUUAGUGGGUCCGGGAGCAAGCAGCUGCCGCAGGCCAUCAUCAUCGGCGUGAAGAAGGGCGGCACGAGGGCGCUGCUGGAGUUCCUGCGAGUGCACCCCGACGUGCGCGCCGUGGGCGCCGAGCCCCACUUCUUCGACCGCAGCUAUGACAAGGGCCUCGCCUGGUACCGGGACCUGAUGCCCCGAACCCUGGACGGGCAGAUCACCAUGGAGAAGACGCCCAGUUACUUUGUCACUCGGGAAGCCCCCGCGCGCAUCUCAGCCAUGUCCAAGGACACCAAGCUCAUCGUGGUGGUGCGGGACCCGGUGACCAGAGCCAUCUCGGACUACACGCAGACGCUCUCCAAGCGUCCUGACAUCCCCACCUUCGAGAGCUUGACGUUCAAAAACAGAACUGCGGGCCUCAUCGACACGUCCUGGAGCGCCAUCCAAAUCGGCAUCUAUGCGAAGCACCUGGAGCACUGGCUGCGCCAUUUCCCCAUCGGCCAGAUGCUCUUCGUGAGUGGGGAACGGCUCAUCAGUGACCCGGCCGGAGAGCUGGGCCGCGUGCAGGACUUCCUGGGCCUCAAGAGGAUCAUCACCGACAAGCACUUCUACUUCAACAAGACCAAGGGCUUCCCCUGCCUGAAGAAGGCCGAGGGCAGCAGCAAACCCCACUGCCUGGGCAAGACCAAGGGCAGGACCCACCCCGAGAUCGACCGAGAGGUGGUGCAGAGACUGCGCGACUUCUACCGGCCUUUCAACCUCAAGUUCUACCAGAUGACUGGGCAUGACUUUGGCUGGGAUUGAAGGCACUGUCACUGUGCUGCCUACAAUGUGGCUUAUAUAUUGAGAUAAAUUAUAUGUAUGUAAAAUGUACAGAAAUAUAUUUUAUAAUAAUUUAUUUUUAAUUCAUAAGCAAUUAAUUCACUAAGCUGCCUAGCCACACAAUUUAGAGAGUUAGCUUUGUAAUCUGUUAACAUUCCAAAGUGUUUAACUCUAAUAGUUUGUUCUUUUCCUCACAACUGAUGGUGCUUCCCUUUCCCUCCCUACCCAUUAUAUUUAAGAAGAAGAAAAGCACAACUUGAGAUUUUUGUUGUUACGGGUAUGCAGCCUUCGACCGCUAUCUGAAUUCACUUGCCAGCGCUUUGCAUGUUGGGUCUCCCAUUCCAACUUCCAUUUCUUGUCCCAUGUGCGUACCUCGUCAGAGCACUGGCUGCCCCAGCGGUGCUGCCCUCAGACAGUGAGACCUCAGGUAGCAGCUUCCUCAUCCAUGUGAUGCCAUCUCUGAGGAUGUGGAUCCCAGACCACCUGAUAGGUGUUCCCCAUCUGCUCAGCACCUGGGGGAAGCACCACCUCAGCAGGGCCUCUCACAUCCUCUCCAAGUCUCCGUGCCAGGGUCUGUUUACUUCAGAUCUUGAGUUUGAAGGAUGGCCCUGUAUCCUCUUUUGCCCUAGUCCCUGGUUCAUUAACCAGUUUGAUGUGUAUACAAAUGUUAACCUCCUUUUUCCCAGUCACGUGUGUGAGAUGCUUGGGUGCUGCUUUAGAAAUAAAGACGGUCUCUUCUAAUUUGCAUGAGAGUGUACCAUACCCCAUCCUCCAUUUCUGAUCUGACACACCAAAGAAUUCCCUAGGCCAGCAGAGCCAUAGGCACAAACCAAGAGUGCCCGGGUGUCGAGACCCAAAGGGCUCAGGUACAUCCCAUGCCAUCAGCAUCUGCUAAGAUGGUGUUAGGCACAGCCAGCUAUGUAGGGCACAUCCCAGUAGGCUGACAGCCUCAAUGGAAAAAAAGCAGGACACUCAGAAGGACAGGUGGCCUGGCAGAGGAAGGGAAUCCUUGGCCUCCUGCUUGAUGUCUGGAAUUCCUCUCCUUGGAACUCCUGGCUCACCUCAGAUGGACAAUAUGGUCUGUUUAGCAAGCAGCCCUUGUAAGGCCAGGCUGGGAAAGCUGGCCCCAUGUUGCUUGUGAGCACUUGAGCCAGACACCUGCGCAGGUGUUGCUUGUCUUAGCCAGGUCUUGGCAGAAGGGUUGCCAGAAUUGUUGCUGCUGAUGCAGAUUGCUCUCCCCAUGCCUUUCUGUUGAGAGAGCAGUUUGGGAUCUUUCAUGAUGACUAGCCAAUGGCAACUGAGUAACCACAUAGCAAUAUCACAUAAUGACAUCCUCACUUUAUCCUCAAUGUUCUAAACCAGGAUGCUUCUACCAUAAAGGAAUCAUUAUUCAAGUUAUACAUCUUUGAGGCAUGUGUGGGAAGAUAUACACAUUGUCAUAAUGGUUAGGUUGUGAUUUUUACAAAGGAUACUGUUUUAUGUUGUAAGGAAUAACUUGCCCAAUAGCCUAAGAAAACUUAUAUGAAGAGAAAAAAUAAUUCAUCUUUAGAAACUGAUCAGAGAUGUCUCUGGUCUUUGAGUGAUGUCUUGUUGAUGAUCUGCUUUGUAUUUGCCCAGAUCUGAUUUGUAUGGCCCAGCUCUCUCUAGGUCAUACUCAACAGCUAAACUCUCAACCUGUAUGUUCUGUGUAGGAGGAUGGGCACAUGGGCUCGGUGCAUUCCAGAGAUGUUCUCUUAAUUUCCUAGCUUGUUACUGCCCCUACCAAGGAGUGUAGAACCUGCACUUGGGGUCCUGCCAUAAUGUAGUACGGUUCUCCUUUCUUGCUGCUUGGGUAUCAGAGAUAUCCACGUAGGGUGCUAACUGGUCAUGCACUUUUUCAAUUAGCAGGCUCAUUUGAAAGAAAACUGACAACACCUUUUCAGUGACAGCAUAAAGCAUAAGUCAGUAUUCACACCUUCUGCCUAAUUCUGUCCUGUCUGCUUUCUGGCCACCCUCAUGAUCUGACCAGAUCAUGGUGUAGGAUUGCAGGAAAGUUCAGAGGAGGGUUUGCAACAAAGCAGUUGGAAAGCAAGCAUGAGCCAUUCCUUCUCCUUCGAGUCCCCGCCCUCUUUCCAAGCUGGACAAUUUUUGAUUAAGUUGUCCUCUGCCUUAAAACUGAAACAGGAAAUGUUCAGAUAGGAAGAUCAUUUAGUCAUAAACACUGAAGUGGGUCAAGAUUCUAUUUUGGGUCAAAUCCUUGAAUCCAAACAGAUGUUGAUAAUAAGCACUGAAGGCCUAGAGCAAGUUUUCUAUGUAAAACAAAUACGUCAAGCUUCCUGUGCAUCUCUUCACAGGGGCUUACUAGCUUACAGCUCCCGACCGAUCUGGACACAGCAUCUGCCCUAAGGUUAUACCAUCACGUGGCAAUUAUCACAGGGCCUGAGUCUGUAUGUCUUCCUCCUGGAGAAGUUAGGCAACGCAUCACAUUCAGCCUUGGGUUUUGUCCUGUUCUAACAAUCUGCAAGCCACCAGCUUUGCUUCCAGCUGCUGGGAGGUAGACACCAUUUCACAUUUUGGCAAUUUUUUCUAGCAUGUGUCUUCCUUCCAGUUCACAGGAAAAACUCCAGUAGUCAUUGGGAUACUUUAUUUCCAUUUUGUUUCCUUUCCUGUUAAAAAUAUUAACAAAAAAUUUGGAGUAUUUUAUUGUUUCUCUCUACUCCAUGCUUUCUUUGAGGUGUUUGUACAGUACUCUGUUCACUUGGAAGUUGGUACCUGAAAAGGUAUGUAGGUGUAGUGAUUUAAUUGGAUGAAGGAGGAGGAGAAAUUGUCUUCUCAUGAGAUUCUUUUUAAAAGUCAUUUUGAAUGACAGAUACAUUUUAGACCUUUUGAGAAACCAUUUCAGAUACUGCCAGGGUAUUUUCAUAGGAAAGGAAAAUGGGAAGUUUUAUUUAAUAUGUUUCUAAAAUGCUGACAGAGGUCAGUGUCAUUUUUCUUUUCAGUUUAUCAACAUGGAUGGUCAAUAAAAUUUAAAAGUGUGGUUAGAUUUUUCUCACUUUUGUAACAUUAAUUUAUGACUGAGUUUCAUUCAGCCUUGUAAUCUGAAAUACUGUGCAAAUUCAAGCAGUGUGUCUUCUAUAACCUGGAUAUUAGAAUAGCCAAUAUGUACAAAAAUUAAAUCAAGUAUUUUGUCCUAUGUAUAACACUAAUUUUACACAGAGAAAGAUGUUUCUAGAAAAAUGAAAUUCUGGUAAUUGAUACUAUUUCUUUGUAUGAACAAAUAAAA